AGACGGUUAGCGGCCAAUGCGAGAGAGCGUAAACGGAUGAGGAGCCUGAACACAGCCUUUGAUCGACUCCGUCAAGUCAUUCCAAAUAUGGGUGACGAUCAAAUUUUCUCAAAGUACGACACAUUGAGGAUGGCACAGACCUACAUCAACGAAUUGAAGGGAAUACUC